AUGCAAAUUUCAAAAAGAGUAAAAGAUCUUAAUAAAAGAUUUAGAGGCAAAAUAGUUGAUGAACAACCUCACCAAUCUGACCAAAGACAGUUGAAGAAACGAAGAACGCGUCUUGAAAUUUUUCAUCUUCCUAAAGACGUCAUAGAUAUUAUAAUCUUCUUUAUACCAGAUGGAUAUUUGGAAACUUACCUCGACAUUCCCUUUAUUGGAGAAUAUGCAGCAAAUAGAUUUUAUCGAUAUAUCGAAAUCCUCCCUUUAGUUGCUAACACUUAUCCUUUAGAAUCACCGUAUAUGGCGAAUGAUUCUGUUGAACCAAACAAGUAUCAGACUAUGUCGAUAAGAAAAACAUACACCUCAAACUUACCAAACUUCCUUAUUCAUCCUAAUGAAGAUGGAGGUAGUGGAAAUACCUACUAUAGACAAUUAAGUGUAAAUGAAUUUGUUCAAUUGAGUAAAACCUAUCCCAGAUUUCAACCCAAGGUUGUUCAUUUUAUGACAUUGAACAGAUUUGUUUGGAUGCAUGAACGGUAUCCCACCAUCUUGAAACGUUUACCACACAUAGAUAUUUCAUUUGAAGAUCGUUUCAUAUUUACAGGAGACACCUUCUUUAAUCUGCAAUACAAUAUCUAUCGGGUUUUUAAUAUUCCAGAAGAAUUCAUAAAUAAGAAUGUCUUUUCCAGGAUUUCGUGUAUGUGUUCUAGAGGGGUUCCAAGAGGCAUUGGUAAGCGCUGGACUGAGAAUCUUGAAGAACUUUACUUCGGUGGCGACAUGUCCGGCGGGAUGGAUCCCACAAUCGGCCAACUUUACCGCUUGUUUCCUAGGUUGAAAAGGUUAUGCUUGGGUGCUCGGAUAUGGUACGUACCGGAGGGAAUGCCUCGUUUCCCACCCAUGUUAGAGUUUUUACAAAUACGCGGCCUAUCACGGAGAACGAUAGCAAGGAAUGGAUGGAAUUUUUCAUAUUUGGCAUAUUUAAAAGAAAUUAUCGUCGAAACUGACUUCUGCUUGGAUACAUUGAGAAGGUUCAAGUUUCCCCCGGGUAUUGAAAGGGUUCUUGUCUCAUGCGAGAGUUACCCAGAGUUGACUCCACGGUUAUUAAAUUUGGAUGGUGUGGAAAGGUACCCCAAUUUGAAAGAGUUCCGGGUUCGCUUUCCCGUCGACGGACAGAAGGUGUUCUCUCAUAACGCUCACUUCCCACCCAACCUACAAAAGCUUGAUAUAGCAGUGGAGCGCUACUCAGGUAACCAUCCACUUCCUUUAGUCGAUUUGGGUGAUAACUUGAAGCUUCCAGAUAAUUUAAAAGUUCUUCAACUUUACACUAAUAAUGGAUUUUACCAUCCUGAAGAAUUGUUCUUUCCGCCUUCCUUAGAGAUAUUAUCUCUUUAUAAUGAAAUGAUUGAUGGAUGGGCGGAACCAUAUGAUUGGCAUGAUGUAUUGUUUCCAGAUUCUCUUGUCCAGCUAAAUCUUCACGUUACAACAACAGAAGGACUUGCGCUUCCCAAAUCGUUGCGUUCGUUGAAUCUAUCUUCAAUUCGUCCAAGUAGUUACAUUGACUUUUUUAAUUUGGAGAAUUUAGUUCAACUUAUUUAUUCAUACGUAGGUAUGGAGGACUUCGUUUAUAAAUUGCCUUUCACUUUAAAAACAUUGGAUUUGUCUUCGUCUAAAUCCCUCCAUACAAUACACAUUGACGCACCAAAUUUAAAGCUGGUUUUAUUAAACGAAACUGGAUUUGCGUCUCUAGAUAGACGCAACUUUCGGUUACCAGAUUCUGUUGAACGACUUUCAUUAAAUAACUCGGGCCUUAAAAGCACGGCAGCCAACUCAUUGCCAAGAAUGUUGAAGCAACUAUGUUUACAGAAAUGCAGUUUAACUUCCGAUUUAUUAGAUAACCUUCAAUUACAAGACUAUCAGAAUCUUGUCAAGUUAGAUUUGCUGGAGAACAGGAUUUCGCGAUUGGGAAGCAAUACUCUUCCGCCGUCAUUAGAAUGGCUACGUCUUGAUAAAAAUCCAGUUUCCACGUUCUCCAAUUCAAGUAUAUUCUCGGAUCUUACACGCUUACGUGAAUUAAAUAUCUCACGUACCAACAUCAACAACUAUUUACAAACAAAUGAGUUGAAGUUCCCAUCAUCGUUGAUUAGCUUGAAUCUCGCAGAGAAUGGUUUACAAAAGGGUGCAGUAGGUCAUUUAAUCUUGCUGUCAUGUACUCAAUUGCAAGAGUUGUGUUUGGUUGGGAACGUAGACAUUGAGGAUAUUCAAGAGAUUGUGGAUGUAAUUAAGUCUACUUGCCCAGACAUGGUUGACUUGAUGUUGAAUAGCUCGCUUGACGAUUGUGUUUUGAAAGAAGAUUUCCUAUCAUUCCAUGCUUCACCGAUUGUAGAGGUGAGAUUCGGAAUGUGA